AUCUGCUUCUGCAGUUCAACAGAACCCUUUGCAUAAAACACCUAGAAAUGGUUGCAUUGCAAUACAUGUACUUACCAUUAUUAUUCUCAAUUCUACAAGCGACCGUAAGGGUUACAGGUAGAUGUACCAUACCUGACUAUUUCCAUGGAGACUGGUACAGUCAGGAAUUGGGAGCUGAUAUCAUUACAAAGAUAACUGCCGACAAAUGGGACAGCAAUGAGGAUGACACUGAGUUAACUUGUGAGGAUAUUUUCAUCCACCCUACCCCAGGCCCUCAGCAGGAUGGCAACAAUGUCACCAUGUUCAUGGUCAGCAGUGGCGGUUUGGAAAGAUGCUAUUUUUGUGUAGAUGUUUUAUGGCGAACAACGAACAUUUUGCAAUACAGGAAAGGUGAUUGUAUACCUGCUUAUGUAGGAUAUGCUAUCUCUCUGAACAUCUCCUGCAGAGCUAUGGAUCCUUUCUAUGGCCUUCCUAGCACUGAUGAAGCAGUCACAAUGUUUAGACAAACACCUCGAUCAGUAAACUGUGAGACAAUGUUUGAAGGAUUGUACCAGUUCUCUUAUGAGAUAGGUAUGGGGGGAGGAGGUAUCUGUGACAACCCGGACAGUCAAAUCAAAGCCUGUCAGGAUCCAGGAUCCCCAUACGUAGACAAUGAGGUCUUCUACAUGACAUAUGGCAGAUGCCCUGAUGUACGCACGUCAAAAAAUGAAAAGUUGAGAUACCAGUGUAUGGGCUCAUGGGAUGCUGAAAGAAAUGGAAUUGGUUACACGUUCGCUGCCAUUGCAGACACUGUAAACAAGGACUCUAGAGAAAAAUUCAAGUGUUUGUUGACCUUGAAAUCCCAGAGAGGAAACAAGAAACGAUGGGUGAUGUCCCGUUUUUCGUCUUGCGCGAACUUGAAUAGCAUCUACAGUGGACCAGUCAGAUUAGUUCUGACAAGCAUUGUUCCUUCAACUGAGAAUAUGGUCUCUCGCUGUAAUUUGCCAAGCGACAUUGCUGGACAAUGGGUCACACGUGGGCCUGGAUUCAAAUAUAAUGUAGCUAUUAAUGAAACCAAUAUUCGUUUCUACACUGAACCUGAUGCCAUUGAAUUCCUGGAUGCAUUCUACGCAUGUCAAAAGAGAUCGGGCACGCGGUACUUGAUGACGCGAGUGUUGGUUGGUAAAUGUGAGGAAGACUUUGUGUGCAUGGAAAUUGUCACACUAAAUAAUGACACAGUAAGAUACAGAAUAGGUAAGCCAGAAAAUAUCCCGUCGUAUUUAACAAGAGAAGAGCUGGAUAUCAACAGUACCUUUACUAAUGUCUGUAACUGGUUCGACCGUGCUGAUAUCAAGGGAAAUCGGGGUUAUGAAGUCCUCACUCGUAAAACGAAUAGUAGAUAAUGCCUUCCAAAGAAAGACGUAUUUAUUCCAAAGUACACCAGAUUGUCCAAGUACGAAUCAAAGCACUAAAUAAAAUGAUGUACAUUA